AUGGAUGUGACGCCGUUGUUUUCUACGGAGACCAGUGAAGGCAGCUGUGCCAAGAUAAAUCUGAAUCAUUCCGAAUCUUGCAGAGACGGAGAGCGUAUGUAUAUGUUAGGAGAUAACAUAGGCACAGGCUAAUUAUUGCUAACUAAAAUGCUAGUUAACAUUAGCAAUUAAACUUAAACAGCCAAUGUAAAUCGAAACUGCCUGCGAGCUUGUCCUGUACUACUCCUCUACUAUGCGACAGUAAGUCGCGUGGUUAUGACACAAUCGUUAGCCUAUUUUUACAAAAACGUCUGCUACGGAGCCAUAACAUGAGCUACAAGUUUAUGGAGACUUUUAUUCAUUGUCGUGUUUCUUUAGAAAUGAACAAAAAUAGAGUCGUUAAACGCUUCAGAUGUAAAGUUAUUCGCUGUCAAAGGGACGUCAAAAUGAAUGGCAGUCAAUGGAAUGCUAACGGCGGGGGCAUUUUACACGAAGUGAGGCUUCAGCGUACAGCGAUACAAACACGGGAACACCUCCAUCAGCAGUUUUAGCCACUGGACUCUCUGGAAGGUUUGAAGUGAUGUCGUCCGUGUGGCAGCAGGAGCCGUCCGGUUAUUCCCCCUGCGUAGAGAUCGACUCCAGCUCUGUCAGGUGCAAAGACAGGCUGACCUCUCCGAUCUGGCUGAAACAGGAACAAGACGACCUCCGCAUCAUCAAGUGGGAGAACUUUCAAACGGGAGCCUCGGCAGAUGCUGUUCAGGACAACACACCCAGCAGUGCCAUGUCCGCUGCCUCACAUCAGGAAAGCCUUCCCCCGCGGGUGGUGCUGACCAUCACCAAGCUGCAGUGCAUGCUGGAGAGCAAACAGGAGCGCAUCACUGCACUGGAGAAGCAGGUGGAGGACCUGAUGCAGGACCGCAAGUUCCUGAGGAGCCAGAUUGAAAACCUCACAAGUAACCGCACCAUGCCAACCUUUGCAUCACCCAGUCCAGUAACUGAAGCUCCUAAACCCAGCAAAGUGCAGCACUCGGAAAACAAAUCUCGGAAGAGAGAAAAAGCUUCUUCUUGUUCCUCUGACAGCAGCAACAGCGGCUCUGAAGCGUCGGAUUCGUCAGAAGUUUCAGCGGCGUCAAGUGAAUACAGAAGGAAGAAACACCACAAGGACAAGAAAAGAUCAAGAAAAGGGAAGGACUACAGCAGGAAGAGGGCCACCGGCGUCCAGUAUGUCAUCCACCGCUACAAACAAGUCCUGUCAGCCUUCAUCAAGAAGAAAAGCAUGAGCGAAGCCUUCCGCCAUCUUGGAAUCGACCGGAACACCAUCGCCAACACUGCAUCGAUUGCCGAGCUCCAUCUGGCCGGCAAAGACAUGGUCCCCCUGGUGGGCAUGUUUCGCCAAGGAGAAGAGACACUGGUCAGCUACGCCAACAGGUGCACCCUGGUCAUAGACAGCGACGCUGACCUGUCCAGGAAAAUAGACCAUAUGAAAGCUAGCGGCGAGCUUCUGCCCAUCGCAGGGAAAAGGCAGAGGUUGUUGCAUUCUCACAUGCAACAGAUGGGGGGCGCAGCAGAGGGCAUUUUAUUAGGUUGAUGAAUUUCUAAUUGUAUGUGGUUGGGGUGAAACAUAAUGCCUUUUACAAAAACAUGUUCCUUUGUUUUGAUUGAUAUUUAUGUUUUAUGUAGCAGUUUAGCCUUUUUCUUAAAUUGAUUUAGUAAAUUAUUUUCAGAAUGUCCAUGUCCAUGAUGUAUAUUUUGCCCUUACAACUGCUGUCAGUAAAGAGCAGAAGUUUGUGUGUAGCGUACGAAACACCCACAAGAUGGCAGUGCUACCAUAUUAGAUCAUUUUUACAAAGCACUCCUCUUGUCAUUUACUCCAAAAUGGUGGAUUGUCAAUUUCCAUUUUCCAGCACCUUGUUUUUGUGGAGGCGUAACUUUUCUGUUUAUAGAACAGUUGUGAAAAAUAAUUUUGUUGACAUUAUCCUGUGAUUCUUAUGCUGUAAUUGAACCGACCGAUUUCAAAACUGCGUUUGUUGCAAAGUGUGUUAAUGUUUCUGAACCGGCCAACAAAUGAAAACAGUUUUUCAUACAGAGAUUUCAGUGAGUUAUGUUGCCUUUGCUUUUAUCUUUUUUGAUUAUUAUAUUUUUUAGGGGGGGAGGCUUUUCUCUUUAUUUGAUAGUGACAGUGGAUAGACAGGAACGGUGGGAAAAAGAUGGCAGAUGACACGCAGCAAAGGACCGCAGGUUGGAUUCGAACCCCGGGCCGCUGCAAAGGACUCAGCCUACAUGGGGAGGUCGCCCUGCUUUUAUAUUGGAUCAUAUCAUCUCCAAAUUAUAUAACCUCUGUCUUUUGUGAGCUGAAAUGGGAUUGACAACAAAUGAAUUGCAGAACAAAUGUGUAUUCAAUUUGCUCUCAGAGGCAUAUUUGUAUUCUGUCUCUUGACCAGAGGAGUGGGCUGGACCAGUUGUGUAGACAGAUGGAAAAGCUUGGUGAGACAUCCAUGGCCGAUGGUAAGUGUCAGAGCAAAGUGUUGCCAUUGCCUUCCCUGCUGUUUGCUUUUCACGUGGAGUGACAAAUUACUCGUGCAGAGCCAUUACAGGGGCUGCACCCAGGCUGUGUAUCUUUGCAUUAGACUCGGUCACUGUCACUCCCAGUCACACACCGGCUAUCUGCUUAUCUUUAACUCUCUGCAUCCCAAUCUGUCCGUCCCCUCUCCUCUAAACCCCGCCUCACAUCACUUCUUCCAUCUCUUCUUUACCCUUCCAUUUCUUUCUGUCUCAUGUGUUCAUCCAAAACAAAAAGCUGGUGGAGUUUUGGACAGUGUAGAAACAUUUCAGGCCAGCAGAGGUGACCCAAAGUUGCUCUCAGCCUGUUCACAGCCACAGGGGGCUGGUGUAUGCUGGUCUGCUCAGCAGCGUGAGGAAAAAAAGGGUGGGGUUGUAUCUCUGCCAGCACUCAUAUCUACCCAUCUCCUGAGGCAUGCAAACGUCAGUUCUGCUCUCCUUGUCACGAGAUGUGAAGGAAGGUUUUCUGCAAACUCUGGAAUGAAAAAAUGACGCUGUGCGUAAAGUACAGGCUGUUAUUGAGGUACUGUAUGUGAUUUAUUUCAUUUUUGCACACCACCCCUGUUUGUCACCCUGUCCCU